CCUAUUUAUAUCGCGAUAAACUUACUGUGAUAACAACACCAAACCUUCUCUCAUUAGAAAAGUUCGUCUUGCAUUUUUCAGAAGACUAUGCAUUUUGAUCGGACAUACACCAGCAAAGAAAAUAACCUUCUUAGUUAGAAGAAGAUUAAUUUAAAAUCUCGUGUUUUUACCAGACUGUUUUGUCCUGGAUAAAAAAAACAGGACUAAAAUAAUAAAAAAAUAUUUAUAAAAAUAAAAAUUGUGAUAUUGUGUUAGUGAAUCUAGAAUUAAAAUGACUGAAAGUACCAACGGUAAUCAAAAGGAUAAUCGUGAUGAGGAUGGAUUAGCCAAGCUACUAAAUAAUGGAGUUAAACAAACAGAAGAUGAAAAAUCUAGUACGACGGAGAAAAAUGGAAACGAAAAUGAGGUCAAGAUGAGCGUUGACAUUGAAAAACUCCUCAAAGAUAUGCCAUUAACAGAUGAUCUCACCUGCGGAUUUUGGAUUUUUAAAGGACGAUUUUUUCAAGCCUUUGCCAAUCAAACAGCCUACGUUUGCCUUUAUGGCUUAGUUGGAUGUGUAUUCUCAAUGACAUAUGCUUACUUCAACGGAACGAUAACAACGAUAGAAAAGCGUUUCAAAAUUCCAUCCAAAAAUACUGGAAUUAUAUCAGUGGGAAAUGAUAUAAGUCAAAUGUUCGUAUCAGCAGCGUUAAGUUAUUAUGCUGGCAAGGGUCAUCGGCCAAGAUGGAUUGGAUUUGGUCUUCUCACCAUUGUUGCCUUCUGUCUUCUAACUGCAUUACCUCAUUUCCUAUAUGGCCCUGGUGAAGAUGCUCUAUCACUUACAGAAGAAUUUGGAGCUCUGCCUGAUGAAAAUGCUACAAUGGAAGCUUUGGAAGCCCAAAGAUCGAAAUUACUUUGUAGAAAUAGAGGAAGUGGUUUAGAAUGUGAACAAGGCGAAGGAAAUUUAGCUCCACAAGUUGUGUUAUUUAUAGCUCAGUUCAUUUCCGGCAUCGGAGGAUCAUUAUAUUAUACUCUGGGAGUAUCCUACAUGGACGAUAAUACCAAAAAGUCAAAAACUGCCGCUCUCUUAAGUUUAUCUUAUUUCCUUCGUAUGUUGGGACCAGCAUUAGGCUACGCUCUAGCUUCAUUUUGUCUUCGUGUCUAUAUUGCACCAAAUUUACGUCCUGUAAUUGGACAAAAAGAUCCACGAUGGUUGGGUGCUUGGUGGAUGGGAUGGUUACUUCUCGGUGGACUUUUAGCAGCAUCCGGUUUCUUUUUAACAAUGUUUCCCAAACAGUUACCAAGAGCAGCAGCAAGACAAAUUGUUGAAGCCGAACGAAAAAAGCUGAAAGAGAAAAAUGUUGAAAAGUCCGAAAAAGAAUUGGAAGCUGAAACUGAAACUCCAGCUUCGAUGAAGGACAUGCUAAAAACAUUCAAAAGACUGCUGAAAAAUCCAACUUUAAUGUGUAAUAAUUUCUCAUCGGUGUUUUAUUUAUUCGGAUAUACACCAUAUUGGAUUUUUACACCGAAAUAUAUUGAGAUUCAAUAUAGGCAAUCAGCUGCUACGUCAAGUUUGGUAACGGGUACAAUAGCAUUGGGCUUUUCUGCAUUGGGAAUCCUCUUAUCUGGAUAUGUUAUUUCUAAAUUCAAGCCGAAAGCUCGUUCCAUGGCAGCUUGGAAUGUUUUGGUUGGUUUUCUUACAGUUGCUGGUAUGUUGACGUAUUCAUUUAUUGGAUGUCCUGGAAAUGAAAAAUCUGUUAUUGUUAAUAUUCACGAUAGUUCUACAAUGUCAUCAACGUGUAAUUCAAAUUGUCAAUGUGAUUAUGUGAGAUAUUCACCAAUUUGUGGAGAAGAUGGUAUGACAUAUAUUUCGCCAUGUCAUGCUGGAUGUAAAAAUGAACAAAUCUCAUCUAAAGGAAUUAAGACAUACUACGAUUGUUCUUGCAUUCCUAGCAACAAUUCAACAAGUUCAACUCCAGUAUUUGCCCGUUUAACCUCUCUCAAUGACAGCUCAACUGAUGACUUCUUGGAUUUGGAUGAUGGUUCGGGAACAACAACAAUUAGUCCUUCAGAAUUUGGUUCGGGUGGACAAGCCAUUCCCGGAUCCUGUCCAGUUAACUGCUACAACUACUUUGUAACAUUCCUAGCUGUUUUGUGUGCUCUCAAAUUUGUCGGUGCCACUGGGCGUGCUUCAAAUUUCCUAGUAGCCGUAAGGUGUGUCCCAGAAAAAGACAAGACGGCUGCCAUGGGUUUCGGUCUUAUGAUGAUGAGUCUCUUUGCCUUCAUUCCAAGUCCAAUAUUCUUUGGCUGGGUAAUAGACAAGCUUUGUUUGGUUUGGGGUAAAACCUGUUCGAACAAAGGCAACUGCUGGCUCUAUGAUCCAGAAUCUCUUAGAUAUACAUUAAACUUUAUUGCCUCGAUAUUUGUGACUCUGGGAUCUAUCUUCGAUGUCGGUGUCUGGUACUACGUUAAGGACUUGAAAAUAUUCGAUGAGGAAGUCAAAGAUGUGGAAUUGAAGGUGGUGCAGCACGAGGAGGAUGCCAAUCCUGAAAAGAAGACGGAAAUUUAAUUUCAAUUCAAAGCAUCAAACUAACGGCAAAGAACAAAAAAAAAGGAUGUGACAGUGUUUAUUUUUUUUCGUUAUUUCUUUUCUCAUCGUCCUGAUGUAUAUUCAUUCAAUUGAAGCCAUCCAAUACGUUUAUACAAGUUAAAAAUAUGGGUGGUUUUUUGGGGUGGUGUAGUGUAGUUCUAGUUGGUAGAUAUAUUUUUAGUUUUGAAGCAAAAGUGUAGAUUGAAUUCUUUUGUCAGUUCUUUUAUAUUUUUUUCUUUUUGUUUAGUUCAUUCUGUCUAUCACUCUUUUUUAUUUUUCCUCAUAUUUUAUCGCUCAAGUCAAAGGAGUUUUUCGAUUCGAUUAGAUAGAUGCUAUAGUAACAUCAAAUGACCGGGCAAAGGAGUCUUCUCUCCAUAUACACAAUUAAUUCGAUUCUCUUGAAGAAAAAGGCGAUCUUUUUUUUUAAUUACUCUCAUAGUUUUUAUUUUGUUUUUGUUUUUUUUUUUUACAUUUUGUUAUCGUCUGUAUAAAAUGAAAGGGCAUUUAAUGCCAUUGGUCAAUAAUAAUACUAAAAAAAGAAAAUGAAAAUAACAAAAAAUUGCUUCAAAUUUAUGUCCUUUGAUUUCUAGCAAAGGAUAUUAUUUGAAAUGCAUUUUUAGUCAUUAGUAGAAUUUGAUGAACUUAUAUAGUUUUUUUUUUUGUUUUAUUUUCUUUGUAAGAACAUAAAAGAUGUUCUUUAUUUUUUUUUUGUAUUUUUAAGCUUUCUUUUGUUUUUUAAGUUUUUAUUUGUAUUGUAAAUAUUUUUAAAAGUGUAUGAUAAUAAUGAAAUAAAAGAAGCACUUAUUUGUUAGAGUAAAAUAAUUCCGUAAGGAUUAAAUAAAAUUCUCUUUUUAAGAUUA